AUGGCUUCUCAAUCCACUGCCCCCGAGGCUGCAGCUGCCGCUGUGAAGUCCGAGUCUACAAACAAUAAUGCCUCCCAAGGUCGUCCUGGCCGGUUCUCUAGGCCCAAUUACAGACAAAUUCACCGUUUCCCUCUUCCUCUCAGUGUGCAUCCUCUUCCUCCUUUAAUACCACAUAACCCUCUGUCCAUCGUCAGCGUGCUACUCUCGUAUUUGACAUACUUGAUUGCUCCCCCACACGAUGAAGUCUACUCGGCCUACUUUGAUUCCGAGACAUCAUCCGUUCAUGUUACAGAUGCCAAAGCUAUCCGAGCAUUGUGGGAGAUGGGCUUCUUCGGUAAAGGAAGUUUGAGUCGAAGCGAGCCUAGUUGGAUGGAACGGGAGAAGAAGAGGAGAGGAUUACUCGGUGGUGUUACAAGUGAAGAGGUUACGCGUCAGCGAAGAACCGAGCGUCGUGAGUUGAAAUUAGAGAGAGCAAGGAUGGAAAAACUAGCUAUCGAACAGAGACUCAUGGCGGAAGCUGCCGCGAGGGAAGCCGGCAACACAUCGAUUGAUCAGUCGGCUUUGCCACCAUCCGCAGAUGGUGUCACUAGUAGUAUACCUCCUGCUACAGAGAAGUUUUCCCUGAGGAAGGCUAGGGAGGCUAAAUUGUCUGAGUCACAACGACCGGUAGCACAAACGGAGGGAGCAGAUACCCCCAACGCCCCUGAUAUCUCUCCCUCCAACGGGAGCAAAACUAAUGAAGAACACCUUCAACUGUCUAACGAGGAGGCUUUCUUUCUGGUAUACGGUCUUGGCGCUCUACAGAUCGUCGAUGGCAAACGAAAUGCCGUUUUGUCCCCCCCUUCUUUACUGUCUCGGUUCUGUCAGCAUUCAUACUGCCCUCCUCGUGGUCUUUCAUCCAAUUUAGAACCGGACGAUCCUUUCAUGAUAUCCUACAUUGUGUAUCACCACUUUCGGUCUCUUGGAUGGGUUGUGCGCUCCGGAGUGAAAUUCGGAGUGGACUACCUCCUCUACAAUCGCGGGCCUGUCUUCUCGCAUGCAGAGUUUGCAGUUGUGAUCAUACCAUCAUUUGAGCACCCUUACUGGUCCGAGACCGAGGAGAGGAAGGCUCAUUGUGCUAGGAAACAGGCGCGCAGCUGGUGGUGGCUCCAUUGCGUUAACCGAGUGCAAGCUCAGGUGAAGAAGAGCCUAGUGGUCUGCUACGUGGAUGUCCCACCGCCUUUGUUCGGAGAAGCCAAUGCUCCGUCAGAGGAUAUCGGCGCUCUUCUUGCCCGUUAUACAGUACGAGAGAUGUUGAUCAGGCGAUGGGUGCCAAACCGGACUCGGGACUAG